CCGUCUGAUGGGAAACCCCCCGGCCUCCUCCUUCAUGGGCAGCUUCCUCACCGGCAGCCUGGGCCCAGCAGCCUCUGCACACGCCAGCGGCCCCACGUCCUCUCCCUCUGAACCGGCCUACCGAGGAUCCCACCCCGCCACCUCCCAGAUCUGGUUCUCCCACUCCCAUGAAGCUCCUGCGUACCCCAGAUUUUCGGGGAGUCUGGCAUCUACCUUUCUACCCGUGAGCCACUUGGAUCACCAUGGAAACAGCAAUGUUCUCUAUGGGCAACAUCGUUUCUAUGGAACCCAAAAAGAUAACUUCUACCUGCGCAACCUGCCCCCACAGCCUGCCAUCCUCCCUGCCAACCACAACUUUCCUGGAGUGCCGAGAGCCACCCCUGCCCAUCCCAUCGGCUCCUGUAGCCGGGACCGCGUAGAGGCCGCCUCCCUGCAGAAGGGUCCUAAGGAGUUUGACCGUUUCCUCAUGGGUAAAGAGCUGGGCAAAGAGAAAACCAGCAAGGUAGCAGAAGGCAGGGAGCGGCCAGCCCCAGAGGAAGACGGCAGCAAAGACAGACAAAAGCUGGUGCCACCCAUGCCCGCUGAUGGGCCUUGCAAGGAGGCAGGCCCUGCCCCCCGGGGGUCCUGUGAGGGCCGCCCCAAACACCUCACCUCCUGCCUGCUUAACACCAAGGUCCUCAACGGCGACGUGGGCAAAGCCUCGCUGGCCAGCUGUGCAGGGAGCAUGCUGGGCCGGCCCAGCACAAACGUAGCAGCACCUGGACGCUGCGCCAAGGAGGUGGCAGGCCCCGUGGAGCCUGGGCCAGCCUUCAGCGAGUGCCUGGAGCGCCGGCAGAUGCUGCACCACUCUGUGUCCUACACGGUACCCUCUGGCCUGCCCACCGGGCCGCCCCCGCCCCUCAACACAGGCCCUGCAGCCUCCUUCCCCUGUCUGCAGCUGCAUGCAGGUCCAGAUGGGCUCUGUCCCCUGCAGGACAAAGUCUCCCGGGACCUAAAGGCCAGCGGGCCCACCUUUGUGCCUUCUGUGGGACAUCUGGCCGACAAGAGCCGCCCUUUCCAAGUAGCGGAGGCCUGUGCUGUGGCAGGUGAUGGCAAGGACCGGCAUCUGGACGGGGCUGUGGCCCCUGACCAUGGUGCACCCUAUGGAGUCUCCUAUGCCCACCUAAAGGCCGAGGGCAAGGGCGACCGGCGACCUGGGGGCUUUGAGGCAGCCCUCCACCCCCGGCUGAAGGGUCUAGAGUAUCUUAGUGCAGGCCCCGACGCCCCCUUCCCUGGACUUCCUAAAGGUGGUCUGGACAGAAGCGGCUACUUCGAGUUGCCCACUCAUGCACAGGACUGUGCCGGGCCCAAUCACCAAGACCCACUUGGUGGGAAGGCCACCCAGGCCUGCUGCACUUUAGACAAAGCUGCCAGCAAAGAGGCCCCUGCUGGCCCUCCAGGGGCCCAGAAGGUGGCCCGGAUCCGCCACCAGCAGCACUUGGUGGCGCCUGAGGUAGAGGCAGGAGGUGGUGGGGUUGAGACUAAACGCAAGUCUGUGGAACUGGCGUCUCUGGGUUAUAGCGGGCCCCAUAUGUCGCCAUGGGGUGUUCAGACAGGCCACGGCGCCUCCAUGGCCAUCGGUGAGGAACGGAAGGGCAGUGCCUACCUCGACCCCUUUGGAAGCGGCCUACAGCAGGCAGCUCUCCUCACGCAGGAGCUGCCGACUCCGCCAGACGAGGUCUCAGCCAUGAAGAACCUGCUCAAGUACAGCAACCAAGCCCUGGUUGUGGGCCAGAAGGCUCCAUUUGUGGGCCUGGGUGGCCUCAAAGCCAGCUGUGUCCAGCAGGAAGCCAAGUUUCCUGCCUCGAAGGGCCCAGGCCCAGUGGAGAGGCCCGACUGCGCCCGCAGCCGGGAGCACGAGGCCCCACACGGAGACGGAGAGGUGCGGCAGCCGCCUGUGGGCAUCGCAGUGGCAUUGGCCCGGCAGAAGGACACAGUGAGCCGACCCGACGCGGCCUACAGUACCAACAGUGGGCGGCAGGGCAGGGCCGCUCCCGCCUUCAAAGCUGCGGGAGGACCUCGAGCCCCGCAUGCCCUGGACCUGGAGGGUGAGGAGGACAGGACACGGGUGUGUGACGAGCACCUGGGGCUGCCUGGCCGGGAGCUGCUGAUACAAGACAACAAAGACCUCGUGGAGUUUGCCCGGAUCCACCCUUCCAGCAGCUGCCCCGGAGACCUGGCUCCCCACCUCAUGAUGCAAGGCGGCCAGCUGAGCGGGGACCCAGCCCCGCACCCCCACCCUGCCCAUCCCCACUGGCUGCCCCGCACCCGAAGUCCCUCCUUGUGGAUGGGGGGACAUUCCUAUGGCCUCGGACACCCCGCCCUGCACCAGAACCUGCCCCCUGGCUUCCCAGCGUCGGUUCCCGGCUCCAUGCCCUCAGUGUUCCCCCUCCCCCAAGACGCACCCGCGCAGCUAGUCCUCUUACCCUCGGAAACUGCACCCCACGCCACUCCUCACACGCUUGCUGACGUUAUGGACCAGGCCUCACGGUGGCCCCCCAUGUAUGGGGCACGGGGUCCUGCCUCCCACAUGCAGCAUCCCGGCCAGCUCCCUGUGUACUCGAGGUCCCAGCUGCUUCGGCAGCAAGAGCUGUACGCACUGCAACAGCAGCAGCAGCAGCAGCAGCAACAACAGCAACAGCAACAGCAGCAGCAACGGACCACUCAGGCUCUGGAGCUACAGCGGGCUGCCCAGUUCCAGCGCAAGCCUGAGGACCGCCACAUGGAGCUGGAGGAGCCUGCACAGGAGAAGGCCCCAAAGCCGACCCACAAGCCAGUUGCCUUAACCCCCAUGGCCAAGGGCACCCCCUCAUCUGCCAGUGCAGGCCUGGUCAAGCUGUCACCCUGCUGCCGCUCACCCUCUCUGAAGACCCCUGCUGGCUGCCCCACACCUCCACCUCGUCCCAGUGCCCCCUGCACUUUAUCCAUCUGCCCCACUGGCAGCCCAGGGCCUGGCUCCAAGGUGCCUAGCACCAAGGACAAGAGUGGGGAGGGCCAGCGGGCUGGAACCAACCUUACCACGCUGGAACCAGAACUGCCUCCAGGAUUGAACCCCACGGCUGGCGUGGACUUCUCCCUCCCCUCAGACCUGCACUCCUCUGACCUCCCAGACCCCAAAACUAUGCAAACCACUACCCCAGGGACUCGGCCUGAGCCCGCAAGGACGUUCUUGACUGGGGAGCCACCCCCCUGCAGCCCCAGAAGCCUGGAGGAGCCUGGGCUCUCCAGGGCCAGGGAGGCCGCCCCGGACCUCACCAUUGUCCCCCACCCUGCUGAGCGGGGACUCCCACUAAGGAAGGCAGAGGACCCCGGCCCACUUGAGGGGUUACAAGCACUGAGAUUUGGAGGCCUCCUCGAGGGAGGGGACACUGAGGCUACUGGCCAGACUAAUUCUACUCAGGGAGGGAUGCAAAAUGAGAGGACCAUGGACCUGGGGACCCCACAGCCCCCUUCGGGGGCUGCCCCUCAAGCACUGGAACAGGGAGCAGGGAGCCCCGUUGCCCUGGACAAUGAUGAAGGUUCACAGAAGGCCCCUGAUGCGGCCCAGCUGGAGGAGGAAGCCCAGCUGGAGGAGAGUGGGGGGGACUCAGAGAUGGACUGGGGGACUCCCAACCCCAGCCACUCACCCAAAGCGCUGCCAGGCUUGGAUGCCUUGGUGGCUGCCACUGUGGACCUAGGGGACCUGCCUGACAUCAGCCUGCCAGACUCUCAGACCCCAGCAGCCUCCGGGCCACUCAGCACGGCCCCUCUGCCCCGUAGCUCAGGGAUUCAUGGGAUUGCCCUGCUCAGCGAGCUGGCUGAUCUGGAGAUCCAGCGGCAGAAGAGCGAGCUGGCCACGCAAGCAGAGGACGAGGAUGUGCUAGCCUUCAACCUGCAGCACCUGGCCACGCUGGCCACAGCCUGGUCCCUGGUGGAGGCUGCUAGCCUGGACAGCUCAGUUACUUCACUGCAGGCCCCAGUGGCUGACCCAGACAGAGGCCCCAGGCUCACCCCUAGAAUGCAGAUCCUGCAGCGCAAGGACACCUGGGCCCCUAAAGCCAAGCCUGUUUGUCCCCUGAAGGCUGCCAUCGAGCGGCUGGACACGCAGGAAGUGGAGAUGCGCAUGCAGCUGGCGGAGCUGCAGAGGCGAUACAAGGAGAAGCAGCGGGAGCUGGCGCGCCUGCAGCGCAGGCAUGACCAUGAGAGGGAGGAGAGCUCACGGAGUCCCGCAAGGCGGGGGCCUGGCAGGCCUCGGAAGCGCAAACACUCCAGCUCACUGCCCACCCUGCGUCCCGGCGGCCAGCUCGCCAGAAGUGACGGCAAGAAAGCCAAGGCUGUUCGUGCCAGUCUGAGUCUGCUGUGUGCGGAGCUACGCGGCGAGGAGCCCACAAGGAAGCGAAGCAAACUGGAAAAGAGUGCCUACACAGGCCUGCAGGCGGCCUCCGCAGGAAAGGUGCGGAGCAAGAGCAGUGGCCAGGCCGAGCUGUCUUCCUCCGCUGCCCACAAGGUGGCCCAGUUGAAGCCAAAGGUCAGGAGCCAGGGGCUGCCUGCCGGCCUCAGUGCCUUCCAGCACAAAGAGGCCGCCCCCAGUGGGCGCAUCCGCAAGAAGCUCUCCAGAGCCAAGAGUGGCAGAGUGGCGGGGGCAGCUCGGCAUCCACACCCCGAUACGGACGGUGGCAGGGAGACGCCCAAGUUCCAAGCCCAGCCAGCAGUGGCUGUGGCCCACGAGGCAGGCAACGGCUAUGACAGUGAAGACUGCCAGGCACUCCUGGGGACAGAGGUGGCUCCCAGGGAGCCUGGGCUGGUGUUGCACCCAGGGCCUGGUGUGGCAGUGUUGGGACCCUCCCCUUCCUCCGUGGUCAAGAUGGAAGCCAACCAGAAGGCCAAGAAGAAAAAGGAGAGGCAGGGCUUGCUAGGGCCCUGCCGCCUGUCCAGCCCUGAGGGCGAGGUUAAGAUCAAGAGACGGACAGUAAAAAGCAAGGUGGGCCCCAAGCUGGAGCGGGCACCAGGGCGGCAGCCUCCAGGUGCACCUGGCAAGAGGAAAGCCAAGGGCAAGGCGAAAAGUAGCCUUCGAGCAGAGCCUGGGACUGCCACCAGCAGAGAUGCCCUUUUCAGCCCCACCCGGACCUUUUCCUGCCGAGAGGAGGGCAGCAAACUUGCCAGUGAGCGCCUCAAGAGAGCCACACGCAAGAGCGCCAUGUUGCAGCCAGUCCUGAGGAGGAAGAAUGGGGCCUUGUCCAUCGCCCUGUCAGCCCGAAAUGCCAAGGCCAUCCUGGGGAAGAGCAGGAAGCUGACGAAGGUGAAGAGAGAGACGGUCAGCAAGCAGGGCCAGGGCCGAGCCGUGAGCCGGCUGCUGGAGAGCUUCGCUGUGGAGGAUGACUUCGAGUUUGACGACAGCAGCUUCUCGGACGAGGAAGAGGAAGAAGAGGAAGUCGGCGUCCAGCUGAGCGCAGAGCAGAGUGCCGCCCUGGCGCGCUCCUGCACCAUCCACAAGGAGGACCUUCAGGACGGACUGCCCGUGCUGAUCCCAAAGGAGGACAGUCUGCUCUACGCGGGCAGCGUCAGGACCCUGCAGCCCCCCGAUAUCUACAGCAUCGUCAUAGAGGGCGAGAGAGGCAACCGGCAGAGGAUCUACUCACUGGAGCAGCUGCUGCAGGAAGCGGUUCUUGAUGUCCGGCCCCAGUCCAGCCGGUACCUCCCACCUGGGACCCGGGUCUGUGCCUACUGGAGUCCAAAGUCUCGGUGUCUGUAUCCAGGCAAUGUGGUUCGAGGUGCUUCUAGCGAUGAAGAAGAGGGCCUGGAUUCGGUGGUGGUCGAGUUUGAUGAUGGAGACACGGGCCACAUAGCUGUCUCUAAUAUCAGGCUGUUGCCUCCGGACUUCAAGAUCCAGUGCACAGAGCCUUCUCCGGCCCUGCUGGUUUCCAGCAGCUGCCGGAGGACCAAAAAGGCAUCCAGUGAGACCCCCACGCCCAGUGAAGCCCCCACUCCCAGCCUGUCCCCGAAAGUGCAGGAUGGCCCUGAAACUUCCAAGACCCCUGGGAAGAAAUCCAUCGGCAAAGACAAAGCUGGCAAAGUAGACCUCCUGACCUCAGGUGCCAAGUCCCCGGCGGGGGCCUCUGACCACUUCCUAGGCCGCAGGGGCAGUCCCCUGCUGAGCUGGUCGGCAGUGGCUCAGACCAAGCGGAAAGCGGUGGCUGUGGCAGCGGCAGGUGGCAAAGCGCCAGGGGUGCUGCAGAACCUCUUCCAGCUCAACGGGGGCACCAAGAAGCUGCGGGCCCGGGAGACCCUGUUUCCCAUGCACAGCAUGGCUGCCCCUGUGUUUGGUAACAGCUUCCGAGCAGACUCCUUCAGCAGCCUGGCCAGUUCCUACACGCCUUUCGUUGGAGGGGCUGGGGCAGGCCUGCCCGGCGGGGCCCACAAGCUGCUCCGGGCCGAAAAGGCCGGGCGGCGGCGGGCAGGCAGCGAGUUUCUGGUUAAGUUGGACCAUGAGGGUGUGACCUCUCCCAAGAACAAAAACUGCAAGACUCUGCUUAUGAGCGACAAGGACUUCGGAGCCAAGCUGGGCCGGCCUCUGGCCAGCCCCAGUUAUGCACACCCGGCCCUCAUGGGCAAGGACAAGAAGGGGCGGGCGCCUGUGCACCCGCUACCCAUGGGACUAGCCCUGCGUAAGUACCCGCUGCCCUGUGACAGCGACUGCCCCAGCUCCUACUCCGAGGAGGAUGAGGACGGGCCGGGGCUGGCCGCCGGUGUGCCCUCCCGCUUCCUCACCCGCCUCUCCAUGUCGUCGUCGUCCUCCGGCUCGUCCACGUCCUCCUCCUCAGGCUCCAUGUCCACCUCCAGUCUCUGUUCGUCGGACAAUGAGGACUCCUCCUACAGCUCCGACGAUGAGGACCCCGCCCUGCUGCUGCAGACUUGCCUCUCGCGCCCCGUGCCGGCGCUCCUGGCUCCCCCCGAGGCCCUGCGCUCCAAAGGCGGCGCGCACGCCCACACCCACGCCCACGCCCAGCGCUGCUUCCUGUCCAGGGCCGGGGUGGCCGGGGCAGGGGCAGGGGCCGGUCCCAGUGGUGGGAAAUCCAAGUUCAAGCGCAAGGAGGCCCUGAGCUUCUCCAAAGCCAAAGAGCUUUCUCGGAGGCAACGGCUGCCCUCCGUAGAAAACCGGCCAAAGAUCUCAGCCUUCCUGCCCGCCCGGCAGCUCUGGAAGUGGUCUGGAAACCCCACACAGAGACGAGGCAUGAAGGGAAAGGCCAGGAAGCUGUUCUACAAGGCCAUCGUCCGAGGCAAGGAGACGCUGCGUGUCGGGGACUGCGCCGUCUUCCUGUCGGCCGGACGCCCCAACCUGCCCUACAUUGGGCGCAUCGAGAGCUUGUGGGAGUCGUGGGGCAGCAACAUGGUGGUGAAGGUGAAAUGGUUCUACCACCCCGAGGAGACCAACCUGGGGAAGCGGCAGAGCGACGGGAAGAACGCACUGUACCAGUCCUGCCACGAGGACGAAAACGACGUGCAGACCAUUUCCCACAAGUGCCAGGUGGUCGGGCGGGAGCAGUACGAGCAGAUGAUGCGAGGCCGAAAGUACCAGGACCGGCAGGACCUCUAUUACCUGGCAGGCACCUACGAUCCCACCACUGGGCGCCUGGUGACAGCGGACGGGGUGCCUAUCCUGUGUUGAGCUGCCUCCACCUCUGCCCACGCCGUCCAUAGUUGCAGCCAAGAGGUUGUCUGGCCGGGAGCUGGUCUGAGCGAAUAUGCGGCCCCCGAGGCGGGGUCGGGCUUCUCUGGAAGUUCUCUGGACCCCAGGCCCAUCCCAGCCAUCUGGAGGGAGGGCCGGGCUGGUCCCACGGGACUGGCUGCUCUGCUGCUUCGCCGCGUUCUCGAGAGAUUAGAAUCCAAGCCAUAUUUCCCUAGUACCUCCGACUGUCUCCCGCCAGGGAAAGCAGAAAUCAGACACUUUCCCUGGGACCGCACCUCCUCUGCUGACCUCAAGUGUGGAUGGUGGUAAGGCGGAGCCAGAGGCGCUAGAAUCAACAGUAGGAGGCAGGUGCUGCUCACCUGAGGGGGAGAGGCCCCUCCGGCUCCGCUUCUUUCAAUCUAGAACCUGGUCCUGGGGCUCCUCUGCCCACCCCACCCCCAAACAGUUUCUGGACCUUUUUUAUAGCAGAUGGCAUGGCAGGCUCAUGCAUGGAGUAUACAGCAAGGGUCCCUUCUGUUCUCUUGUACCCACAUCCUGGCCCCAUGUGCCAGGAGAGCUCAGCAGCCCUCACUUUUCCCGUGUUAGAGAGAGCAGGCCAGUCCCAUGGACAAAGGCCUUUGUCCUCAGAAAUACCUUGUGGUACACAUGCUCCCCAGUGCCUCACCAGGCCAAGGCUUUCCAGGAAGUAAGGAGUAUUGAUGGGCAUCCAACCCUAACUGGGACCCCUCAGCGUCUCUUCUUUUGCUCAGGCCCGCCAGGAGUCUGUCCUGGUCCCAGGGACUCUCUCUCACUAGUUGCUCAAAGGGCCACUCGUGGUGGCCUACAGGAUAAACAAGGGUACCCAUUCCUGGCUGUCCCACCACCCUGAGGCUUUCUGUUCUUCACGAGUGCAAUAUUUCAUUCCUGGUAGUCGCUGGAGGAGAUGGCCACCAAGGUCCUGCUCACAGCUAGGGAAGCAGGAAGAUGCUAGGUGAAGGGCCAGGGCUGGCACUAGGAAGGCUGCUGGGAAGCUGGUGCCAGAAGUAAGGCUGCUCUGUGGGCUGCCUUCUGGAUGUUUCUCUCUCCCUCUGCUGAGCUGUCCUAUUUACCUGUCUUCAUCUUUAUCCCCCGUUUUCCUUCUUUCUGUGUAUACACGCAAAUGGCGCGGCCCCUCCCCCCAGCUGCGGCUAACCGUGGUAAAAGCAGAUUCUUGUAAAUGUGUAAACUAAGAGGCUGGUUGAAUUUUUUUUUUCAAUGUAAACACUAAAUACAAAAAAAAAAAAAAAAAACCACGAAGGUUUUAUGAACAGCAAACUCUAUGUAAAGGCAUUUUAGUAUUAAAUUUUUUAUUGAUAACUUGCUUAAGAAUAAAUAUAUGAACUAUUG